UUCUCGCUAAACUGAAAGAAACACAUAAGCCUUCUCUCUCUCUCUCUUUUUUCCAAUGGAUUUUUCUUAUGAAGCUUAGGCUCUUAGGUUUUUAUGUGUUUUGUCUUAGGCUUAAUUGUGUCUUAAGCUUCUUUAGGAUUUUAUGUUGGAGAAUUUGACUUCUUGAUGGAUUUCAGCAAUGUAAUUGAUAUUGUUUUACCUCAUUGGUUUGUUAUGUUAAAAAAUUUACAAUGUCUUUGUGUUUUUUUUUACCAAGAUUCUACAAUGUCUUCCUGUUUUUCACCAAGAUUCUACAAUGUCUUUGUGAUUUUUUAAUCAAGAUUCUACAAUGUCUUUUCUGUAGUGAAGAAUGCAUGGUACCUAUAGUUGUCUGAUGGAUGUGUUGGUAACUAAUUUUAGGCUUUUCUCUAGGGUUGUAAAUGUUUGUGAAUCUGCAAUGGUGAAGUGCUUGAUUAGAUCAAAUAGAUUUCUGGGUUCUACAUGUAAGCUUUCUCUUCUUCUUUUUUCUUGAUGGAUUUUUGUACUGCUAUUUCAAAAUUCUCUUAUGCCUACUGUAUUUUAAUUGUGUCAUAGGUUCUUUAGGGCUUUAUGUUGGAGAAUCUGACUUCUUGAUGUUUCUUGAUUGGAAUUCAUCAGUAAUUGAUAUUGUUUUGGUUUUGGUCUGUUAUGUUCUGAAUUUACAAUGUUUAUGUGAAUUUUUAACAAGAUUGUACUAUAUCUUUUCUUUAGUGAAGAAUGUAUGGUACCUACAGUUGUCUGAUGGAUGUUUUAACUACUUUUAAGCUUUUCUCUAGGGUUGUAACUGAUUGUGGAAUCUUUAAUGGUGAAGUACUUGGAUCAAAGAGAUUACUGGGUUCUUUGUUGCUUUUUUUCCCCUUUAAAAUUUACCAAGAGUUGAAUGCCUGCUUCUACAAGAUUGGAUGGUAUUAUUUAUUUUUAAUCAUCAGUGUGUGUUGUCUUUGUCUUAAAGUAAGCUUCCUCUCUUCUUCUUCUUCUUUUUUUGAUGGAUUUUCUUACUGCUAUUUCAAGAUUUUCUUAUGAUGUCUUCUGUAUAUUGUCUUAGGUUCUUUAGGGAUUUAUUAUGUUAAAGAAUUUGACUUCUUGAUGUUUCUUGAUUGGCAUUCAACAAUGUAAUUGAUAUUGUUUUGCUUUAGUAGUUUAUUAUGUUCAAGAAUUUACAAUGUCUAUGCGAAUUUUCCAGUUUGAUGGUUUUUUUCUUCUUUGGCAAUGCCUAUGCCUAAUUCUAGUGCUAAUAUGCAAGAGGAGUUUCAAGGGUACUGUUUUCAGUGUUUUAGCAUCAGAAUGGACCAUGUUCAUUAUGGCCUUUGCAACUGGAGCAUGGAAGAUGGAACAAUUUGCAUUCCGAUUCUGACAUUGUCCAAUAGCUUGGUCGACAGCUAUCAUCUUGCUUCACCUAAAUCUGUUGUAAUUUCUCAUCCUAAGCACCAUUUAAUUAUUAAAAUGUUGGUCAAAGCACCAAAAACAUAUGGUAUAGAAAAAACUUUGUAUUCAUUUUAGCAGAUUGCUUUUGGUUCAAGGUGAAUGACUAGUAGAAAAUCCCUGAGUUUUUUGAUAAAUAAUCCUUGCGAACAUUUGUACACAAAUACUGCUUAAUGUAGCAUAUAUUGCAGAUGAUCUGUGGUAACUAUGUGUAUAGUUAUACUUAUCUUUUAUAAUUAUUGGCAGAUCUAGUUUCAAAAAAAGAAAAGUUUCAAAAAUUAUUGGCAGAUCUGAUUUUGUGCAGUGAUCCUCCUUUUUCAUAAUGACAGCACUAGUUUAGGCCUAGGCUAUUUCACUGGUGAAUAUGUUUUGCUUUACUUAUUACAGAAGUCAGAAACUGUAAGCAUAAGAAGAAAAGUUGAAAGCAAACUGAAGUAGUGUGCUUUGGAAGAAGAGAGUAGAUUUAAUUGUUUUAGACACUGAUAGUACCAGAGGCUAUUAGUAUCCAUCAAUAACUGAUAGUACUGAUGUUAAUGUCAAGUCAGAUUCUGGUAAAGUUAGAGAUGAGCUAUAAAAUAUUGAUAAUAAUUGGGUCGAAUUAGUGGAGAGCAAUGUUAUACUGAUGGGCCCCACUGACUCAGGUAUGAUAUCUGAUUUCUAGUUUGAGGAAUUAGCCCCUCAUUCCUAAUUUCUUUUUGAUGCAUCAAUGAUAUUUCAUUUUGUAUUGAAGAUUGGGUGCCAGUUUGUAGAGCACCAUAUUAUGUUGUACUUUCUGUACUUUGCAUUUAGUACUGGUUUAUGGAAAUUUUUUCCAUUAUUAACAAAUUACAACCUUAUUAAAAGAAAUGAUAUCUACUUCAUCUAUCCAUAAGAAUCUUAGUGUCAAUAGACUUAUUUGGUUGUUGUGUUCUAACUAGUGUUUCUGUGAAUGAAAGCAUAUGAAAACCAGUACUUGCAAAAAUGCUUGCUCAUCUCAUCAAUGUUCCUUUUGUACUUUGGACGCAACAACUAUAACACAGGAAGGUAUGCAAUAAUGUUUCACUUCAAGUUGAUUCAGUGCUAUUUCAUUUUCCCUCUUUUCCUGAUAUAGUUCUAAGUUGUGUAGAUUUUUCACUUAUGAAGAACUCAACAAUAACAAAUAAAAUAUGAUUGAACUCAUGCCCUUAGUCUGCUCCGAUUCUUCUACCUUUCAGAAGGGGGGGGGGGGUGUUCUUUAGGACAACAUACUUCGAAAUUGUUCGUUAGGUCCUUCCCCACUUAAUACCAGACUCUUGUUUGCAUCGACAUUUGAACUUUUGGUGUCGCCAAACCCACACAUCACACAUUGUACUCUUACCACUAGACUGAAGUCCCCGGGGGCUAACUCGUUGAAGUAACGAAAUGAUUGAGUUUUACAUGACAGGACUAAUCUGACAUAACACAUAAGAAGAAUACAUGAUGAGUAAUAUUGCUUUCUCUCUAUAUUGAAUCAUUCGUUUAUGGGGAAAAAAAGAGACUUCCUAUUUUUUGUUUCUAAAAUAUCAAGCAGGUAGGUGUUCAACUGCUGUACCAAAAUUUAUCUGCUUGUUCUCUCACAAAUUAUCUCGUUAAUUACUUUGAACUGGGGCAAUACUUUGUUUACAAGUCAAAGAGGGUUUUAUUAACUGUAGCUUCAAGUGUGUGCUUGGAGUAUCCAGUAUAAAGCAAAAACUUAACUCACUUAUUUUAUUUUUUAGAGGAAGUAAGAUGUUGUCAUUGAUAUUUGGUGACUGGAAGGUGACAAAUUACAAAAGCAAAAGCCAGUAGGCUUAUGAAGCAAAAGAAACCCUGUUAGCCCCUAUUACUAAAGAUCUAUUCUAGUACCAUGGAGUGAACUGAAAAACUUCUGCAUCUCCCGUACAACUACGUUUUUGCUCCAAAAAGUUAAUCAAGAUACAUCUGUUUUUUCGUCUGAAAUGUUCUCUUGUUUUCUCAAAAUAUCGCAGAUUCUUUCUAUCCACCAUAUGGUUUUUGGUAUGGAGUUUAGAGGGGCAUUGCAGCUUUGUGAAUGCCUCUCUGUUCCAAUAUAACAGUAGCUCUUUUUUGGGAUUCAGAGUGCACCAAUUCACUUCUAGUAUAUUCAGAAAGAUCGACCAUUGCUAAGAUGUAACAUUACAAUGGACAAAGGCUGCCGACUUCAAUGUCGAAGCAGCUCAGCAAGGGGUUUUCUACAUAGAUAUGAAGUUCAAAAAUAACCAAAAAGGUCCAAGAACCAUUCCCUUCUUUAUGCAUUUGGACAAUUGAUUUUAAAGUAAUUAUUCUCAUCAGUCAUUUGUAUCGGCUGAGAGCCUGAACAUUGGCAGAGAUGUAUUUGGGGAAGACGUCCAACAAGCGCUACUGAAGAUGUUUGAAGGAUUUGUGAGUAUUUAUUGCAAAUUAUUUCUUCUGUUCGUUCCAAUUGCCUAUUACUCUUGUAAACAUGUUUACAAUUUCAUGUCUGCAGUUCCUUAACUUCAAAUGUGUUCUGUUCUGAAGAAACUUUGAUAGAUCAUUAAUCUCACUUGCUCAGUUUAUCUUUAUUUCUUCUUCAUUUUAAGUGUACCUGACAAUAGAGCACGGGAACUGAAGAAAAUGGAAAGUGUCUGGCUGUGUGUGUUUGUAAAACAUCACUUACACUUGUUCUGAAAAGUCCUUUUGAGGUUCAAGUUGCAUGCAUUGAAAAAUUGUUUUGUUUAUGAUUUUUGGACUACCAGGAGGAGUAAAAAUGCUACAGGCUGCUUGAAGAUGAAAGAGAAUAUUUGAAGUUGAUGUUCUCUUUUGGUUUUAACCUUUCGUAUUUUUUUUACUUCCUUUUUUUUCCCUUUUAGUUGUGGAUCCUUACUUUUGCUCUGCAGGUUCUCACAGAACUCAAGAAUGUUCUUUGCUAGCAAUACAAGCAAAUGUUCAACUUGAAUAAUGAGAAAAAGAAAGAAAUGAAAAAGAAGAAGCCAUUCUUGACUCCAUUCUGAUGCACUGGAUCAAAAUCAGUCAAUUUGCCUCGAAUGUUUGUUAAGAUGUUACAGGUCAAUUACAGUUUACCAAGAAUGCACUUUGACUUAUUGCCGUUGCCAAAAACACUGGUGCACAAGGCUUAAGAUUUAUACUAGAAAGUAUUCUAACUGAAGCCGUGUUUGAGGUUUCUGGAAGUAAGCCAGGCAAGGAAUCUAUAGAGGUUGUCUUGGUUGAUGAAGAGGCUGUUGGAACAGUUGAUACAGUUGGAUGUGGAGCAUAUUUUCUUCGUGAUAGCAGUGAGCUGGAGAAUAUUUCCCCUCCUGAUCAACAAUGACAAUGGAGAAGAAGGAAACAAGAAAAGAAGACUUGGACUCGUGGAGAUAGAUGGUAUUUGGAUAUGUUGGACACGGCAUUCUCCAAUCAUAAUAGAACAUCAACGUUCCUCUGAGCUGUUUUCAAGUAAUUAUUCGCUUGAGAGUCAGAAUGGACAUCGAGAUACAUUAGUGACAAGUGUACCUGACAAAAGAGCACAGAAGCAUCUAAGUGGUGCUAUUAUUCAGAUAGUCACUAAAAGCUAUCCUUUUUAUAUGUGGUGGAGCUUUUGUUGGUUUAGAGAAGACCAUUUCAGAAAGGUUCAUGGAAGCAAGCCACGCGAGGAAUCUUUAGAGCUUGUCUUUGUUGAUGAAGAGGCUGUCGGAACAGCUGAUACAGUUGGAUGUGGAGCAAAAGUUCUUCGUGGUAGCAGCGGUUGGAGAAUAUUUCCCCUCCUACUGGAUCAACAAUGACAAUGGUUUCUCCUUCCAGAGAUAAGCAUUUUAAGACAACUUGCCCUCAACAUGUCACGUUAUAUAUCUGAGUAUCUGCAGCGCUAGUCCCUAACAAUUAUAGAAAUGCUUGUCUAGGAUUGACCAUAAUAAUCUAGAAACAUAAUUCAAGCAAUGUCUGGUCCAGUGCAAGCAUUAAAUUAUAUGGUGAGUGAUGUCUUAUAAACCAUAAAAGAUGUAUAUUAUAGGCUAGUGAAUGCCAAACUUUGUCAUUGCUUUCUUUUGUUGCUUAUUAUCCUUGUUGGCCAUUCUUGUGCUUCAAUACUUGAUGUUCACAAAUAAUAUUCUUACAUCCACCAACAAAAAAAAAUUCUAUUCA